GUAUGCAUUUGAUCAUACAAAUUGUAUUCUGGAAUUCUUUUGAGGCUUGCACAAAUCAUUCCCCGUAUAUAAUGUAAACCCUGAUUCCGUAUACAAUUCACAAAGCUUUGUUUGAACUUUCAAUCCCUCAGAGUAAAUCUACAUUUACUCCAUAGUGGACUGUAUUACUGCUUUUAUUUCAAAAAAAAAAAAUUGAAUCCAAUGUCUUUGAACCGGAUCCUACUCUUUGUGUGUGUAUGUUAUGCCCUUAUGCAUAGUAGUUUCUCAAAUCUGAGACAUUAUAUUGCAUGCCUGUCUGCAUGAUGGUUUGAAUCACAGGAGUACAUGCUCAACUUCUCAGUGCAGUGCUUGUAAUCGAGUAUUAGAGCGUGCUCUUUUGUUCUUCCAUUUCAAUCAAAUUAGUUUUUUAAUAUUGUGAUGCUGACCAUAGAGAGAUGGAAGUUGCAUGAGAUCACAGCUCAUUAUUCAAGUUGUUUGUUGUAGUGAUUUAGGGCAGUGGAGAAAACCUUUUCCAUGUAUUAUUAUUGGACCAACUUGUCUCGAUCAAUUGCCUAACAAAUUUCAACAAGGAAUUGUUCAUACCAUAAAAACUGUAAAAGCUUUGCCUGGAAGAUCUCAGCACAGAGUGAUUUGCCAAACAAAUUUUAGCUUUCUGAGUGUUUGUAUAAGUCAUGACUUUGUACAUGUUCUUGUUUACGAAUUUGGAAGAAUUCUUAAAGAAUAAGGUUCUGUGGCAUCGGUCUUUGUUUUACCUGAGAGUAACUGUAUAUUACAUUGCUACAGUUGCAGAAGUUUUGCUUUGGAGAGAUGAGAAGAUUACAUUCGCUCAUUUUCUGCUAUGGUUUUUGAUAUAUUACUGGUUUUUCCUGUAUGGAAGAACUUUUGUUUCAUCUCUUGCCAUUCUUUUGCUGCUAAUUGCUACGAUGCUUUGUGGAUACAGCGUUCUGCCACCAGUCGUAUAUGGGAUCACUGUUCCAAGAAUAUCGUGGUCUUGUUUUGAGAUUUCAGAAGUGGAUAUGAGAAUAUGUGUCACAACAAUAGGCAAUAUGUGGAAUAGAAUGAAUCACGGAAGAAGGUUGCUGGCCCAAGGAGAAGACUGGUGUACGUUUCUGAAGGUGGCAGGGCUGCUGUACUGUUUGAAGCUGAUUGUUUCACUUUCAUUGACUGCUAUCCUUGGCGUAGGUAUAAAUGCAGCCCUAGUCCUGGUGUUCUCAGUUUUCUUCAUUUAUGAACAAUACGAGGAGGAAGUUGAUGGGGUGGCCAAGGUUUUAUUCAGCUGUGGAAUGAGUGCCCUUUCAUUUUUGUCAAGGAACUCGCCCAUGCCCUUGGCCUCGAUCCUCUCCAACUUUGAAAUGUCUCUCAAGAGAAAGGAUUUAGACUAAAUAAUCAGCAAGAGAAGUUGCAUUUAGUCCUCCCUCUCAAACUAAACUGUUCUACUGCCACUGAGCCACAAGUUAAAGUGGGUCUGUUUCAUGACUGUAUAUAACUGAUUUUCUAGAUUUGGUUAGUACUUGUACAAGGCAACCACCCACUAAGCGUAGUCGACAAACUAGAGAGAUUGGAGAGAGAGAUGGAGUGGUUAUUUGUCCCUUUCCUGCUAGUGUACUGUAUUUGCGUAGCCAGAUAUAUUUUGGUUUUUCCGAUUCGUAAUACAAAAUUACAAUUCAUCGUUACGUUAAA